ACUUUAGUACUCUGUCGAAUCAAAUGCUAAUAUUAUCAGUCGAUAAAGUUUUUAUAUUAAAAGCAACAUUAUUUAUUUUCCUUUUUGGUCAUUUCAACAUCAUUUAAUUAAUAUCAACUCUCAAGCAAAAAUGGUGUAUGAUACUACCAGUGGUGUCAUUUGUAUAGUCGUUUUCUCUAUUUCUAAUAUUGGUUUACUAAUUUCAUGGAUGAUGUUUAUUUCAAAAGAGAGGAAAUUUUAUAAACGUCUAAAAGAAGGUUACUAUUUCAUAGAGGAUAAUUACCGUUGGAGACGUAGAAGAUUGCUAAUGGUUCAUCCAUCCAAUAUUGAUCAGACUUUGGAUAUUCCAAGAAUCAUUGAUCCAGCCUUGAUUAUCAGUUAAUUUUUGAAGUAGAAUCAAUAAUAAUAAUUAAUCACUACAAUAAUUCAUACAUAUUUUAUGAUAUCAAUGUUAUAUAAUUAAAAUUGUAUAAAUAAAUAUGUAGUACAUGUAUUAAUAUAAUAGACAUUGUAUUUUGUUGAGAGAGAUUAUAGAUUGUUACUUUGUAUUACAAAAUCCAAGAGAAGCAAGAAGAUUUAUCGCAAAUUUUUAAAGAAAUAUAUUCAUAA